AUGAGAGGUGGAGCUAAGCAAGUGGUGAUAAAAGUGUUGGAGGGCGACAUACCCGCGUGCUUGGGGAGCUUGCCGGAACUUGAGCAUCUCUUCCUUCGUGCCAAUCAUCUUACAGGCACCAUUCCAGUUACUUUGUCCAACCUUUCGAAGCUGAAGCUGCUAGACCUCGGAGAGAACAGGCUAAGUGGGAGCAUCCUUGAAACAUUGGGGAACCUUACCAACUUAAACCUGCUGCAUUUGGGAUUCAACAAUCUUACAGGAGCAGUACCUCCAAAUGUAUUCAAUAUCUCUACCCUCCGAACGUUGAUCCUAGAAAGCAAUAACCUGACAGGCCAUUUGCCACAGAACGUCGGCCUUAUGCUUCCUAAUCUGCAAAUACUUGGCCCUGGUCUGAAUGGCUUCAGUGGGCAGAUACCACAUAGCUUGGGCAAUAUUCUGAACCUCACAGUCUUAGAUCUUGGUGGUAAUAACUUCACUGGCAGCACAAUUCCACCUUCCUUGGCAAACCUUUCAAAGCUUGAGACCUUGGAUCUUUCGAGGAAUGGCCUAGUUGGGAACACACCGGAUGGACUCUGGAACUUCUCUGGCUUGCAUACACUCAAUUUGGAAACCAACAAUCUCGCAGGCACCAAUGGUUUCAGUGGGCAGAUCCCAAAGAGCUUGGUCAAUUGCAGGCGCCUACAUGACCUCCGUUUAAGCAGCAACCGAUUUUCGGGGAACAUUUCAUGGCUGGGCAGUAUGUCUAACCUUAUGCUCAGGAUUGUUCUUGAUGAUAAUGAGCUCACCAAUGGUUUCAGUGGGCAGAUCCCAAAGAGCUUGGUCAAUUGCAGGCGCCUACAUGACCUCCGUUUAAGCAGCAACCGAUUUUCGGGGAACAUUUCAUGGCUGGGCAGUAUGUCUAACCUUAUGCUCAGGAUUGUUCUUGAUGAUAAUGAGCUCACCAAUGGUUUCAGUGGGCAGAUCCCAAAGAGCUUGGUCAAUUGCAGACGUCUACAGGAUCUCCGUUUAAGCAGCAACCGAUUUUCGGGGAACAUUUCAUGGCUGGGCAGUAUGUCUAACCUUAUGCUCAGGAUUGUUCUUGAUGAUAAUGAGCUCACUGGCACACUUUCACCUUCUUUGGCAAAUUUUUCAAAAUUAGAGGUUCUUGGUGUUGGUCAUAACAGAUUGACUGGGACUGGGAGCAUACCAGACACAAUAGGAAUGUUAUCAAACUUGGGUUGGUUGUAUUUGCAUUUUAACAAUCUCACAGGCACGGUGCCCCCAUCCAUAUUUAACAUGUCUGCUCUCCAAGUCUUAAAUCUUGCAACCAAUCGCCUCAUGGGUCGCCUUCGACAUGACGCUGGCUCUAUGCUUCCUAAUCUCCAGCAACUCUUCUUGGCCAACAACAGUUUUGAUGGGCCCUUGCCAGCAUCACUUGCUAAUGCUACCAAGCUAGAGAACGUUGUCUUAUUUUUAAAUAAGUUUAGUGCCCAAUUCUUAGCGAACCUCCAGAAACUCGGCCUUUGGGGAAAUUCAUUAACAAACAUGCCUGAUACCACCGAACUUUCUAUUAUUACUGCCUUAACCAAGUGCACAGUGUUAUAUGGCAUUGAUUUGUCAUAUAACUUGCUGAGUGGUAUUCUUCCCACGUCUGUUGGCAAAUUAUCAUCCUAUUUCAGUAUCCUUGCAUUGGAGGAAAACCAAAUUGGUGGCACAAUUCCUUUAGAAAUUACUAACCUAACAGAUCUAGCAAGUGGGGUUAUUCCAUCAGAUAUCGGAAGGUUGCAUAACCUGCAGGGACUAUAUCUUUUUGGUAAUAGGGUAGAGGGUCUCAUUCCACCUCAAUUUUACCAAAUUGUUAGGCUUGUGCAGGCACUGGGGCAAUUGAGAAGUAUCAAGAGCUUGAACUUAUCUUUCAAUCAAUUGGAAGGAGAAAUUCCAAGUGAUGGGAUCUUUGCAAACCUUACUGCCAAUUCGUUUGUCGGAAACCAUGGCCUUUGUGGGGCUUCAAGGUUUGGGGGUGCCAAGGUGUUCCAAUAA